GCUUCAUCCGUCAUGCACCGAUGAAGCGUUUCCUCCGUGGAACCACCAGAGGGCGACAGCUCGCAGUCGCUCCACUCAGUCGUUGAAAGGCUGCUUGUUGUUAUCCCAGCUUCGUGAGAGUAUCUCCGGGUCCGAGAGCAGCUCACUGACCGCUGGGAUCCACCGCCGCUCCACGCUCUCACAAAUCCGGGGCUGUUAUUUCCCCCUGACGUGUUUAAACACUGCAGAUCUGUCAACAGCCGCCGGGUAACGUUGGGAAUUAAGAGCCCGUGAUGUUCAAUCCUCACAUCCAUCAGCAGCAGCAGCAGCAGCAGCAGCAGUUCCACCAGCACCUGCGGCAGCUGCAGCAACUUUUCCAGCAGCAGCAGCCUCCGCCGCCUCCUCCUCCGCAGCCGCCUCCGGGGCAUCAUGUCGCGCAUCACCACCACCAGACGCCGCGAGCCAUUCCUGUGCCUCCCCAGACAGCCCCUCCUCCAAGGAUGGUCAACCUGUGCCAGGCAACCCAGACAACCAUCCUCGCCCCCAAUCCCAUGCUCCAGGGGGCCUUACUGAUGCAGCAGAUGCAGGGUAACAUGCGGGGCUUUGGGAUGGGUGGGCAGCAGUUCCGUCAGUUCUUCACUGCAGGGGCCAGGUCGUCUCUGCUCGGGCCGGUUCCCAUGGGCAUGGCCAUCAAGUCCCCCAUCAUGGGUUUCCCAGCUGCACGAUCGUUUCAUCCACACGCUCGCUUCUACAACAAUAACAGCAACACCAUCACCACUACAGCACCUUCUACAGCCUGCCCCUCCUCUUCAUCCAUCACCACAGACACCAUAGCUCGCCAGCCAGACAGGAAGCAGGACGGCGAGCAGAUGGCAGCAGGAAGCACAGAAGCCCAACCAGCAGCCAGCAGCACCAGUGAUGCCCAUGAUAAGUCUGAAACAGAUGGGGAAGUAGGAGGAGUAGAUGGUGCCGCACAGAUACUGGAUGAGGAACUUGAGGAACCUGCUGCGAAAAAGUCGAGAACAGACGAGUCGGAGACAAUCACUAUUGCAGAUGCAGAGGGGGGGUUUCUUUCUUCAGUGAAUAACAGCAACACCGAGAACCAGCAUGAAGAUUGUGGCAUUCUGGAGGAAGGACGCUCUAUGGGGGAAGCAGAUGCUGCUGAGAUGAUGGAGGAGAGCAGAGCUGAUGAGGUGCAGACCUGUUUAUCUGCUCCAUCACCCUCUGGCGGGCUGAAUGAAGAUGACCAGCAGGUUAAUUUACCCUCAGAGGAGAUGUCGCUGGGAAAAGAUGACUCCUUGGGUUCACCGGGCAACCUGGACGAAGGGGAGGAGGGUGUAGCGGACAGCGCCAACAAGUUCUACUGCUACCUCUGCAGCAUCACCUGCCACAACCAGCAAAACUUCAGGAGUCAUAUGAACAGUGUAUCCCACCAGCAGAGGAUGAUGGAGAUCCAACACAUGAGCAACGCCUGUCUGGUCACACUGCUGCCACGAGUGCAGGAGUCUCUACAGGGAGCAGUCAAAGAUGGAGAGAAUAAGGCAGACUUGAAGCGUUGGUGUGCUACCUGUCACACCCACUUCACCAGUGGAAUCAUGGACCACCGUCGCACCGAGGAGCACAAGCUCGCCAGUAGGACAGCCAUCUCCUCCUGCAUGGUCUGCAAGAAACACUUCAAGACCGCUCAGAUUUUUGUGGAACACUUGCAGUCCCAGGAGCACAAACAAAAAAUGGAGAAGCUCCAGGAAAAAGAAGGCUGUGAGGCCUUGGCCAAGCUGACUGCCAUGGACACAGACGGCUUUUCUCUUGAAGAGGACAGUGAAGUGGAGGAGGAAGAGGAGAAGCGGAGGAAUGAAGAAGACCAAGAUUUAUCUGAGAAGCAGGACGGCUGGUCAUCCCCUAAAGAGGUGACUCUGAAGAACAUGGCCAGCGACGAGCAGUAUGACCCCGACACAGUCUAUGGGUCCAGUUUCUUUGUUCCGGUGGCAGGUUUUAUUUGCAGACUUUGCAACAAGUUUUACCACUUUGAAUCUUCUGCCCUACACACCCACUGCAAGUCACUGACGCACUUUGAGAACCUCAAGAGGUCCAGAUCAUUGCUCAGUCAGAAGGAUGAAGCUGUUGGUUCUUCAAGAGAACGUCUCCUCGCUGCAGAGAGCCUCAGACCUGUAACAGAAAACACCACAGACUUGUCAGAAGCAAAUUCUCUCUCCGAUGACACUGGUUCAGUGACAAACUCCACACAGCCCAAAAUCACACUCACACAGACUGAAAACCAGCAGCAUGAGAAUGAAUCUGAACCUGACCUAACAUCACACGACAACAUCGCCACCUCAGCGACCUGCGCUGGCAGCACGGACCAAGACCUCACCCUCCACAGCCAAGAGGAAGAGCCCACAACCGAGGGUUCUAUGCUUCAGGAGACUCCUGCUGAGCUGUGCGCUGAAAGCAGAGAGGAUCCGGACUCCAUGCCAGUUGCUGAAGAUGUUAAUGAAGAAGAGCAGCUGGAGAUGGAAGCUCCUGCUGUCCCAGGGAAAAAGAACGGCACAUCGAAGGCAAAAACCACGACCAAACGCAGGUCAGGGAGGGCAGCGAACAGAUGCUGAGACAAAAAGGUGCGGCGUGGAAAGACCGGACACCUGGUGCAACCUGAACACAGGAUGUGUCCGGGUUUGAAGAGGAGCUUUCAUCAAAACAGCGACCAAGACGUGCACAGACCAGCCUCUCUCCAUGUUGGAAAAUUAAACACACACAGUUGAAUAGGAAGACUGUUGAUGGUGAAUUAUGGUGGAACAUGUCAUCUAAAUCCCUCAGCUGGGGUGGGAAAUUAAUAGCUGGUAUCCAAAGCAUUGAUGGUGGUGUAGAAGAGCGUGGUCUGUGGUCACAGCCGUGGUAAAUUAAAUAACAGCAAACAGCAUGAGAUCAUUAUUGAGUCUGAACGACUAGACUCAAAACACACCUCUGUUCAGUUGUUUCAAUCAUGUUUCUAGAAAUAAAAAUGACAUUUUAAAACAAGGAAAUCCCCCACUAAGAAAUCCAGUACACAUAAUUCUUAAUUCUAUACAACAUACAAAUAUUCAGGCAUAUGAGAGAUGUGUUCAUACUGGAAAAGUGUCUUUAGUAAAAGCAUUUUUUGUAAGUAACAAAAAUAAUUCCUUAUUGUUUUUAAUUUGGGGUCUGAUGGACACUUCUCUGCUACAGCUGCAAAACAAACUGGUUUAAAAACUAAAUUACAGGAAAAAUAGUCUAAUAAGUUAGACUGACUUGCAUUGGCACAUGUAUCAUUUCUUAUUAGUUUAUUCAGUCACGAUCCCUGCAAUGGUGAGAAGGGCUGUUAUGAAAUUUUAUUGUGAGACAUUUAUGGUCGUCUGGGGAUGAAUCCUAAUUUUGGUUAUCCUCUGCUGCCAGCAAUCGAGGUAAUCACACUGGGAUUAAUGACAUUUUCCAACCACAAGGUUCACAUUUGUGGCUUUGAGGUGAAUUUCCUUGAAAUCACAUACACACAUCAGUGAUCCCCUCAGGAUAAAAUGUAAUAACUUAAAUGAUGCCUGGUUUUUCAUAUAUCACCAUCAGCCCAUCAAACUAGUAUGGAAGUGAGACAUACUGAUUUAAAAUAAUUAAAAUGACAAUUUAAUUCAGUCUCUUACAUGAUUUUUUAAACAUUAACACUUUUCAGUUUGCCCAGUCUACAUUGAAAUCUUUUUUUUUUCCUCCAACAUUUUAUUCCUGAAUCUUGUCAUCUCUGUAAUAUCCUUUGACCCCCUAAAUCCACAUUGUUUAGUGUUUUUAAAAUAUGGAUGUAUUUUAAAAAAGAAAGUGACCACUGUAUUAAUUUCCCACCCUGCUGUCCUCAAGGAUCUGUUUUUGCAAAUUGUCUAGCUACCUACAUGAAUGAUUGUUAACUUAAAAUAGCAGAGACGUUUUCCACGUUGCUAACCACGUAGCAAAUGCUUCUAGUGAGCUGAAAUGUAGAAUGUAACCAAAUUUAGUGUUUGAGCAGGUGAGAGCUUCUGAUUAAAAAGUGUUG